GCCCUCGGCGGUGGAUUAGCGAGCCUGGGGGGCCCGCGCUGGGCGGUGGAUUAGCGAGCCUGGGGGAUGCGCUGGGCGGUGGAUUAGCGAGCCUGGGGGAUGCGCUCGGCGGUGGAUUAGCGAGCCUGGGGAAUGCGCUCGGGGCGGCCAUGAGGGCGGCGGGGCCGUGCGGGGAGUGCGGGGAGACGGGCACGGGCCGGUACCGCUGUCCGCGCUGUGCCAGCACAUACUGUUCCGUGCGGUGCUGCCGGACCCACCGCGAGCGCUGCGCGCCGCGUUCCAGCCAGGAGCGGGACGGGGAGCGCGGCAGGGAGCAGGGUCCCCCCGCGGCCCCGCCGAGCCCCGCACACGGCCCCUGGUCCCUGGAGGACAUCCUGGGCGAGGAGGAUGAGCAGGACCGCGUCCCGCUGCAGAAACUCAAGCUUUUAGGGGAAUCAGAAGAACUGAGGGGUUUGCUGCUGAACCCACACCUCCGGCAGCUGCUCCUCACCAUCGACCAGGCAGAAGACAAAAGCUCCCUCAUGAGGAGGUUCAUGCAGGAACCCCUGUUUGUGGAGUUUGCAGAUUGCUGCCUGAGCAUUGUGGAGCCUCCCGAGAAGGAGAACAUCCUCCCCGAGUGAGCACGUUUUCCUUUCCUUGAGGUUUUUGUGCUGCAGAGCUGCUCCAUUCUGUGUCUUUCCUCAGGGUCUGGUCACUUUGCCCCUGGAUUUCAAUUUGCUCUGAUUUCAAUUUGGAGCUGACAGAGCUUUUUAGAGACUUGGGGGUUGAACCUGACACUGUGCAGCGUUGGUACAGAAAUACUGGCAACCGUGGGAAAUGCUACUUCACAGUGACAAUAUUAAAUAUAUUUGCAUUUAUUUUAAUCGACAAAUACUCUGAAACGUUUUUGUUCGUUGUUUGGGACGGUCAGACACCUUGACAAGGCGUGGAGCAGUUUAUUUAAAAUGACACACACAGAGGAGCUGAACAUUUUCGAGACCCAUGAGCAAGAAAGGGACGGUACAGGGCACCUCUGAUGAGACCGUGGGCAGGGCAGUGCUGUUUGGGGAGCUCUGGAAACGCCUGGCAGCUGUGAGAGCUCGUAUAUUUUGGUCAUAAGAGAGAAAAAAGCAAGAGCCCAGUCUUGCUUUUCCCUGAGACAUCUGCCCUCAGUGUUAGGUUGGCUGCUCCUCCCUCCCUCGGUCAGUCAGAAGUGUGCCAGUGUUGGGGAACGCUGGGGGUCAGUCAGGAGGGGUUGUACCUCUGAGAACCCAGCAGGAAUCAGGAAUAUUUGCAUUAUUUGCUCUCUCAUGACCAGCCUCUUGCUUCUCCAGGUAGUGCCAGCAGCGUUCAGUUCAAGUAUUUAUUGCUUAGAGCACCUGAUCUGGUUUAGUUGAUUGUUCUCAUAGUGCUGAUAUAUCCUAUAACAUGUGCCUGUGUGGAGGAAUGGCCCCCACACCCCCAAAUUUGACCUAUAGUAGAUUACAUUGUAUUUUACGUACAAGGCAUGGAGGUGGAAGCUCUGAGGUAGCAGCAGAUGUGGCCGUUGAGUGAUUUGAAAGCAGCAGCUUGCAGAGAGCCCUUCCCUGAAGGCAGAGGUGUGCAGGGGCCAGGCCUAUGUGGGCAGGAGUUCCUUUCUGUCCAGCAGAAUCUGGUUGAAUCCCGUGAUGGAACAGGCAUCCCUGUGGGGGCUGACGUUGGAGUAGUGCAGGGGGGACUUCCUGCAGUGGAACCUGACAGAGCCCUGCAAGGAAAAGAGGUGGAGAGGUCAGCUGGGGGGCUGGCCUGCUUUUGAGGUGGUUUUGUUGUUCAUGCUUAGUGUCUCUGAGCAACUAGUGACUGUGAGGAUAGAAGACCUCCAGAGGAGCUUUAGUACAAAUGGAUUUCAGAGAAGUGAGUACCAGUACUGUAAUUUGAACUGGAAUUAGCUUAAACUCUGGAGAUUGGAGCAUUUAGUGCUGAACUUGCUACUGCUUCUGCCUACCUGCAGUAACUGUGACCGGUUCUUGCACCCAGAAUUUUAUGCAACCUCAGAAAAGUUUCCAAAAAACCCACCAAAGUGAUUUGUAACAAGGUGCAGUUCCUGAGGGCAGCCACUGGCUGCGGGUUGUUGUUAGGAAAUGGUAUCCAGGACUAUUCCUGAACUCCUGGCACCCUCCCCGUGCUGGCUGGGGUCCGUGAGGUGGUUACCUGUGGGAGAGCUCUGAUGGAAGCGAUGCCACAGCCCAGGGAAGGGCUCUCCAGCCUGGAGCAGCCGCUGUCCUGGAGCCCCCUGAGCCAGCCCAGCAGCGCCAGGUCCCUGCGGGGCCCCGUGGCCGUGACGGGGGCAGCAGCCAGGACAAGGCCCAGGGGCCAGAACUGGACAAGGGCCUGCCCAGGCCACGCUGUGUCCAAGGAACAAGGCAGUUUGGCCGGGAUGGCUCCAGGAGCUGGGAACUCCUUCCCUUCCCCCUCAUCCAGUUCUGCUGCUGCCAACGCGGCCAUUUUUGCCUGGUGAAGAUAAGGAACAAUAUUCAACGAGGUUCUCAGACACCUUGAGCAGAAUUUAAAGAGUCUGAAAAGGAGGGAAUCUGAAAGGGCAGCAGACCCUUUGGGGCAUUGCCGUGGAGGUAAGGAAUGGGUUUAUGCUGCAGAAUAGAAGCAGGACUGGCAUCCUCUGCUCUCCAGCUGGAGAAUACUUUAAUGGAGCACUGACAGUGCUGCUUUUGUAGUUAGUUGAGGCAGAGUAGUAACUACUAAGAGGGAGAUUCCUUCUAAAACAAAAAGCCUCAGUGACUGAGUUCUGUGCUUCCCUGUGCCCACACCCUCACCUUCCAUCUCCUCCAGCCACGUUGGAUGACGUUGGCAGCCCCGCGCAUCCUUCGGAACCGACUCCUGGCCAGCCAGGAACGGACAGCUGAGGAUUCAGUGGAAACAAAGCUGAGUACAAACAAUCUCAGGAGCUCUGGCACACAGUGUAAGAGGUGGCACUUCACCACCCCUGCCACUUUAAUCCCCCAAUACAACUGGAAACGUUCCUUGUUCUGUUGUUCCAGCCACACCCUUGUGGAGUUACCUGCUUGGAUGACAGUUGCAGACCGUUUUUCCUUGGCUAAUUUCUUCUGCUUAAACCUUCUCCAGCAACACUGAAUGCAAAAUGCUUUCUCAUUUAACACCUCUGCUCUCCUGGCUUCCAGUAGCUCCAGCUGCAGUGGGGACAGGAGCCUGCAGUUAGUACUCAGGGCAGAGUUGUGCUCUCAACUCUUCCCUUUUCUGCAGCCUCUUGGUGUUUGUCAGAGAGCCACAUCCUCAUUCCUGUGUCCUGUGACUGCUGGAUUAGGUGUUGGAAGUGACAGCACUCCAUUAGUGCUUGUUAGAUAAUAUGGAAACAAAAAUGUAAGUAGUUGGGGGGGUCACAGUAGCAGCUGUCUUAAAAGCAGCUCCACUGAAGGGGGUUCUUCUACGGCUGCAUCCUGCAAGCUUGGCAAAGGUACCUCUGUCUCCUUCAUCUUCUUCCCCAAGGAAGCUGUGUGGGCCAGUUGGAGUAGCCAAAUCUGUCAGCUGAAGGUAAGGAAAGCUGUAAUCUUUCCUGGAAUUGGGAGAAUCCUGACAGUUCUAGACACAAGUGCAGCUCCUUGUCCCUUGGCUCCACAGAGGCCAUUAAACAACGUGCUUCUGAGGGCUGGGCUCUGAUGGAUGCCUGAUUGAGUAAUUUGAAGGAAAAUGCCCAAUUCUGGUCACACUGGCUUGGCAGGAGCACUGCCCCCACCGUGGUGAUACCUGUGCCAGAAUCCCCACUGGGCAGGUGAGCUCCAGAAUCAUCAGCCAACUUACCACAGAACUGGCCAGGAAUACUUUGGUCUUCCCACAGUACACUGAGGGGGUUCCUGGUGCACUCCCUGUUUGCUCAGCAGUGGUUUGUCCCAUGACAACGUUCUGCAGGAUCUCGAGAACAGCAGAACGUGACGCUUUGUCUUCAUCCAUCGCUGGAGUCUCGCCUGGAAACGAAGCAUUGAGGAGGAGGAGUCACAAGACUUGGAAAUCAGGACCAAGGAAUUGUCUUCACACUGAGAUUUCUUGGCCAUGUAGAGGGGGAAAACCUCCAGCAAGAGGGGAGGAGGUGAUGGCUGAGAGCACUCAACCUCACGGGGGUUUGGGGUAAAAUGGGACAGCACAGAUUUCACCAGGUGCCUGCAACCAGACAACCAGUGUGGGGGGUGUUUUAACUGGGAACAAAGAACAAAAAAGCAAGGAAUUGGACUCAGCCUUAAUGUACUGAAAGGUGCAGGAGGGGGAAACAACUUGUGCACAGGUCUCCAGCCUUCCCAGGGCAUCGGAAGCAGCUGCGGGGUCAGGUACUGAGCAGGACUUUAUUGCAGCAAUUAGAGGUUAUUAAAACCAUUUGUGGGACACAGUGCACAGCUUUUUACAUCAUGAGACAAAGAGGUUGGCCAGAUGAAUCUUAACUGCAAAUUCAGACGUAAUUCAGAGCUGUCCUUGAAAGAGAUUGUGUUGUUCAAGGCAAUGCCGCAGGAGUUCCUGCAAUGGGCUUUGUAUCAUUCCAUCCUGGAUACUGUUUGCUUGUCUGCUAUAAAUAUUUCUAAGGAGAUGAGAGCAUUUUAAGGUACUGAAAACAAAUAGGAGCAAUUCUUGCCUACAGGAAGACAUCUGGUGCCUGUGAUGGUGUUCAUGGGGCCGGGCUGAUAAGGGAACCAAAAGCUUAUCCCCGUGUUUGGGAAAUUUGUUUUGCUUUGUUUGCACUUAUUACCCCCUAAAGAUAAAAAGGGCUAAGAACCUAUCACACAGAGGCUUUGCAGCUAAUGGGUUUGUAAUUGAGGGGGAAAGAUACAGUGUGUAAGUAAUUUUCCAGCCUGUACUUCCUUCCUCCACUCCAUUUCCAGCCGGUGAAUGGAUAUCCAGGCAUUUUACUUAUCUGAACAGGCUGGUACUUACUGGUCCUGCUUCCUGCUGGUUAUGGAACAGACCCACUGGGUGAAGAUGGGAUUAACUGGGGAGAGAGAAGGGGGUUGCAGGAACCUUCAGUAUUAAAUGUAACCUCCUGAUGAGCUCCUCCUUUUAGGGGUUCACAGCAAAGGCAUUACCUUGUAGACUGGGUUGUGUUUUUUAAAGUCCAUCCUCGCUCUUGCUUAGAGAAAGAGAAGUUUGCAAAAGGUGGAAGAAGCAGCAGAAUCCAGGUAAGCUGGAAGGUCAGUGAUUCAGCAAGGAAGCAAAGUGGGGGGAAAAAAGAAAGGAAGGAGAAGGAACAUGAGCCAAAAGGUAAGAGGUUUUUCAAGUCUGCUAAAGAACCAACUGUAAAUCAAAUGAUAUUGGGUGGGGGGAACCCCAGACACCACUGUAACUGUAAUUGUUCCAGCCAAGAGGAACACAGGAAACCAGCAGUAAGAGGAAAGAUUUUAAAAAGAGCCUGCUGUAAGCAUUAGGCAAAUUAGAAACUCCAACUGGUGACAGAUUAGAGAAGUAUUCUGAGAACAGAGGUGUCCCUCGUGCUGAACACAGCAAUAUCAAUGAUCUAUGCAAUAUCAGAUGGGUGCAGUGGUAAUUUUACUUGAUGGCAGAGGGAUUAUCUGCACAAACAUACCUUUUUCCUCAGCAGUGUGAGAGUUGCUUUUAUCACAGACUCUUCUUUUACUGGGCCCACAGGACUUUCUCAGGAUUUCGUAGCGCUCAGUGAAACGUUGGAAGGGGAUCCUGGCAGACAAACACACAGUGAAUUCCAGAGUCACCACUGUGGCAAAGAACUUAUCUUUUGGGGGGAAAAACUGCAGAAUGGCUUCACAGAUCCAGUGCAGGGAAUGCAAACAGACUGAUGCCUGAAGAGUCACCAACAGGCAAGAAACUACAAACUCCCAGUAGUGCCUGUAGCAAAGACUGGGCAGGAAUUGUGCUUGGAUAUGACAAUGAUGAGCUUCACCCCAUCAGUGCUGAGCUGUGACUAUCUCAGGCCUUGCUCUGCACCCUCUAAAGGUGGUCAAGAAAGCCCAGCAAGGCUGUGAUGGGAUGCUGAGCUCUGAGAUGUCUACACUUAGAUAAAUGCCUUUUAUGAUUUAAUUUUAAUUGCUAAAAAUGUUGCUGUGAA